AUGUCGGUCAGGUUUGGCGAGGAUCAAGUGAUUUCACCAACAAACAGACAAGAGAACACCUCCGGAGUUGUCAAACCAUUACCUAAACCGCCUCAGGCUUCAUUCAGAUUGACUCCUCUAGCUCCCCUUGUUCAAAGUGGCUCCUCUCCCCCCGGAUCUUCGGCAAUCGACUCUCCCUCCUUCCUUGAUUUUGAUAAUGCUGGUUCUUCCAACGCGUCUCGACGCACGUCCAAUGAACACGCGUCCUCGCGAGGUAGUCGUCCCCAAAGUACCUCUUUUUUUUCUCGGCCAGUGGGUGCACGAAGCAGAUGGAGCACGACGACACCUAGUUCCCACAAUCAACAAGAGUCUAUAUCAUCUCCCUCUUCCCAACUGUCUGCUGAUCUCUCCUCACCUUCGUAUUCUUUCCCGUUCCCGACGUCGCUCCCUGCGUCUCCACACCACCCAGAAGGUCAUAAGCCAUCUCCGCCUAUCUUCCCCGGUGUCGUCCCUGGCGCUGAAAAUAAUGGUAGCAGUAGAGCUGAAAUCCACCUCUCAGAACUGAAUCCAAUAUCUCCUGUAGAGAGUGUUCCCAUGUCUAUAUCGGACCUUCAUUUCAGGCAAAGUGAAUCGGAUGAUAUCUCAGAGAACGGUUUCCCCAGGAGACUUGGAUUCCAUUUACCUCCUCACCCUCCUUUACCUGCUAUUCCCCCGACUCCCACUCAGCCAGUAACGAAUACCUCCGGCGCUGACCCGCCAGCAUCUGCACCAAUGAGUCGCGGUAGUUUACCAUUGUUAUUUGAUUCACCGACACCUGUUGCGCCUGUUACUACCCGACAAACUCGAACGCACACUCGAAGUCUGUCCAACGAUCUCCUAAAUUCUCAAAGUCGACGCCCACUUGGUCCGAGAGUUCGUGAUUCACAUCACUAG